AUGCCGUCUGUGGUAGAAGAUAAGAGUAUAAAAGAUGACGAGGUGGUGGAAACUAGUGGUGAAUUGGUAGACAAAGUGGCAAAAGAAGCAGAGACUAGAGGGCAAGUUGAGGUGUCUAAUCAAGAGAUCAAGCUAAUCCUAUCAAAAACGGUAAAUGCUAAUAGAACUGAUUUGUCAAGGAGGCUUGAUGAUGCUCUUUGGGCAUACCGUACUGCAUACAAGACCCCCAUAGGUAUGUCUCCAUACCAACUUGUAUAUCAGAAAGCUUGUCACUUUUCAGUUGAGUUAGAGCACAAAGCUAUGUGGGCGAUGAAGAAACUGAAUAUGGAUUGGGAUGAAGCAGUGGAACAAAGACUUAAUGGGUUGAAUGAGCUUGAUGAGUUUCGCCUAAAACCAUAUGAAAGUUCAGUCAUCUACAAAGACAAUAUGAAGAAGGACCACGACCAAAAGAUUGAAAAAUGA